AUGUUGGCCACACUGUACACACGCUUGGAGGCGGGAUACAACAUCGCAGUGAAGAGCGCGGGGCUGAGUGGCAUCCGGCUGCUGCUGCUGCACCUGACGGGCUUUGCGGGCCUGGCGCUGAACGUCGGGAUCUCCGUGUCCCCGUGGCGCGCCAUGCGAUCCAACCGAGACAGCGGAAGUCUACGAGGUCUGGACACGAGGUCCUGGCCCUUGCUGAUGUAUUCCAAUCUCUUCUGGUCGGGAUAUGCCACCUACCACGGGGAUAUCUGGCAGUUCUGUGCCACGCUGCCCGCCUCGCUGGUGUGGCUCUUCUUCAUCGUCUCGGCGAUUAGGCUGUUGGGCCAGGAGGAGGGCGAUCUGGCCAAGGGGCUCGAAGGACAAGGCUGGAAUCUGGAUGUCCUCAGGGAGUUCCGCCAAAGGCGGCUCUGGAGCCUGGAGCUGGAAUCCUUCGGGGGCUUAUUGGUGGGCUUCCUGAUCAUGGUGGUUCUGGGGCCCUGGGAGAUUCCUGGCCUGGAGGUCUUGCAGACCACUCUGAAGCCAGAUAUGAAGGCGGAGGCUUUGGGACUGAUUUGCUGCAUUGGCACCUGUUUGGCCUACGGGAACCCCGUGUUCCGCCUUGCUGGCUACGUGUGGCGUCGAGACGCAUCCCCCGUCUUCGUUCCGAUGACGCUGGCCAUCUUCAUCUCAGCGAGCACGUGGUGCGCCUACGGCAUCAUCAUCGAGAGGAUCUAUAUUACUAUCCCCAACGGAAUCGGCGCAGUGGUGGCUUUGGCCCAGUUGGUGCUGCGCGCCAUUUUCCCCGGCACUUCGACUUCCGAGACGUCGCAAGCGAAGCUGGACAUGGCGAAAUGGGUCUACGAGGAUUACUUGAAGUGGCAGCGGAACUACAGGCGUCAGUCGGCUGUUGUGAGUUCCGAUGAGCCUUCGGCCAAGGGGCCAAGGCUCUCAGCUGAUGUUAUCAUUUAG